CUGAUUACUGUGCCUCCGCAGCCAAAACGCGCACACACCCGUUGGCAUUCCGGCUGCUAGUAAAGUCAAGCACCGGGUUGCUGAACAGAGAACUCUGACCGACUGUGGUAUAAUUGAGAGAAAAUAAAGUGGGGUUCUCCUCCAUCUAGCUGAUUCUUCUCGAAAUGACCGCACAGGUUUCACUUGAACGACUCAACCAAUUGCAAACCAACCCGCUACUGUGAACGGACUUUUAUUUCUCAGAGUAGGGGCGCAUGAUGGCUUUCCAACAUUCGCUCCGGCGACCCUCAACCUUGAAAGUACUGGGUGCUGUGCUCCUCUUCAUUCCCUGGAGUCCGUGUGUUCCCGUGGAGCAGGAACCCAAGAGGACUGCAGCAAGAGAACGUCUGCGACUCCAAGCAACAGUGGCAUUCUUAGAAAAGUACGGCUACUUGGAACCUGGCCCUCCUGAGGAACUGAGUUUAGCUCAGGUCAAAGAAGCAGUGAGGAAGUUCCAAUGGAUUUCUCACCUCCCUGUCAGCGGUGCCCUGGAUGAACCCACAGUGCAGCAGAUGAUGGAGCCGCGGUGCGGGGUCAAGGACAUUGGAAGCCAAAGGGCCUGGCAAGAACACGUGGAAAACCUCUUCCUGGGUCGAGCCACCAGGCAAAGCCGAACCAAACGUUACUUGCAACAAGGAGAGAAGUGGUACAAGCACCACUUGACGUACAAGAUCAUAAACUGGCCGAGGUACUUGGAGCAAAGCCGGGUGAAGUUGGCAGUGAGAACAGCCUUUGAGCUGUGGAGUAACGCAUCGCCGCUGACCUUCUGGGAAGUGAUGGAUGGCCCUGCGGACAUCCGCUUGGCAUUCUACCAGGGGGAACACAAUGAUGGAAUUGGCAACGCUUUCGAUGGACCAGGUGGUGCCUUAGCACAUGCCUUUUUCCCCAGAAGGGGCGAAGCUCACUUUGACAACGACGAGAGGUGGUCUCUCAACCGGGGCAAAGGGAGGAACCUGUUCAUCGUCACGGCCCACGAGAUUGGCCACACCCUGGGCCUUGAGCAUUCCCCUGUUAAAAACGCCUUGAUGUCUCCGUUUUACAAAAAGCUGGGCCGAGACUUUAUCCUCAGCUGGGAUGACAAGAUGGCCAUUCAGAAGCUGUAUGGGGAACCACGCCAUGAUUCUAUGCAGCAGCUGCCAGGAGAAUUGUUCACCUUCUUCCAGAAUCCAGCGGAACAUGCCACGACUGGAAUCCCAUCGGAUAGCCGUCUGCCUCCUUCCUACUGCCGGACCCACUUCGACACCCUCACUAAGGACCUAAAACAAAAUAUUUACAUAUUCCGAGGAGCUGAUUACUGGAAACUGUCAAAAGACGGCAAUAUAAAAGGACCUCUGUCGUUGCAGAAAAGCUGGCCUGAGUUGCCGUCAGCUAUUGAGGCAGCUGCUGUGUCGGAUAAGGAAGGGAAAUUUUAUUUCUUCAGAGGGGGCCGUUGCUGGAGGUAUGCUGGGAAUCGUCUGGACAAGGGCUUCCCGAUGAAGGUCAAGGACAUGGGUCUGCCCCGCCACCCGGAUGCAGCUUUCUACUUCCGGCCACUGAGCCACGUGGUGAUUUUCAAAGGGUCGAAAUACUAUGUCCUGAACGAAGAGCUGAUGCAGGUGGAGCAGUACUAUCCUCGGACACUCAGCGAUUGGAAAGGCAUCCCCAUCGGCAUCAACGGCGUCUUCACCUGGAAUGAGAAGCGAACCUAUUUCUUCAAAGAUGAGACUUACUGGAAGUUUGACCACAGCAGACUCAAGGCGCUGCACCAGGGCAAAUGGGCAAAAGAGCUGGAGUGGGCUGGCUGUUCUCGCAGGAAUGGAACGGAACCUGGGACCCUGCAAACGUGACGCGAGCAGAACAUGGUACUCCAACAGCGCUCCUUUCUGGAGGCGUGAGAUUUUCCUGCCCUUGUGAAAACUAGUGUCUGGAGCUACAGCGCACCACAGGGAGAAAAUAACACAAUGAGAGGCUAUAGUGGAAACCCAAACACAAUGCAGGAGACCGCAUACCUCUCUUUUAUAGACGUGGGUAUUAUAUAACUCAAGGCACAUUCACAGGAUAUCUGAUUCUCCUAACCCAGGAACAUGAAUGAACAUUCACAAAACAGGCAGGGCAAAUCCAGUACUGCAUACACGUUGACACCCAGUAAGAGAAAAGGAAAGCGCACAGAAAGGGUAAUUUUUGUACACGAUGUUAACUCAACAUUAUCGCAGUAACACUGUUCUUCCUUGGGGGCUUUUCUCUCUCUGGUCGGUGCUUUGUAACUACAAAUCUUAAAUUUUUUUUAUCAAGAGCCUCCCGCUCACUGAGUAGGCUUCAGACUAAUCCACAUCCAGUAACCUGCUGUGAAAACUCUGCUCACAUUUUGACAGUUCAAACAAAUCUUACAGCAGCGGCUCAGACAGCCUACAACGUUCUAAAGGAUAGUUGAUGUGCCGUAUCUCGUAAUGUUAAUGCAUCCAUGAGGACAUAGAUGGGGAAACAGGUCCUUUGGCCUAACUCGUCCAUGAUGGCCAGGUUUCCUAAACUGAACAAGUCCCAUUUGCUUUAAAAUAUUCCAGAAUUCAGAUCUGUCCCUUUGCAAAAACCUCUUCAGUUCCUACCUGGCUCAUAUCCUGCCUAACAUAUCUCUUCUUAUUACAAAGUGACCAUUAAAUUAUCCCUGCUGUCCCAAUAGGAAGAUGUGCAUUGCAGCAUGUGCUGGAACUAUGCCAAAGUGCCAAUGCGUCUGACCCAGUGGGAAUUAUUUGUGAAGUUAAAACUUCUCAUAGGCCAAUGUUUGGAACCCCCCCCCGAAAGUGUCUCCAACUCUAAGUUUGUGGCUUGACAUACUUAGCUUAAUAGUUCCCCAGGGAAAGAUCUCCUGGUUGACUCUAAAGCUGACCUAUCGACAACUCACCACUCACGACAGCCCCAUCCUAGAUUCGACCUCAAUCCAACUUCUCACUAUCUCUACCUGAUCUCCCAUGACCCGAUCCUUCACUCCCUCUGUCACCUUACCCUAUAGAUUCGGAGGAAGGUAUAGAGUAACCUGUUCACAAAAACGAAAAUAUAAAUGAUCCUACAUGCAAGAAUGAGGAUAUACAGCCCUCUACACAAGGAUGAUAGAAUAAAGGUCCGUAUAUAUUAGGAUGAGGGUGUAGAUAUCCUGUACACAAAGAUGAAAGAACAAAGUAUCCUCUACAUAGGGCUGACAGUAUAGAGUACGCUGUAGUCAAAGAUAUGGGUAUAGAGUAACCUAUACACAAGGAAAAGGGUGUGGAGUAUGCUAAACACAAGGAGCAUAUAGACUUGCCUAUACAUUGGGUUAGAUUAUAGAACACCUUAAAUGCAAAGAGCGCACUGCACACAGGAUACAGUAUAAUGGGUUGGAGCUACCUGACAUUUCAAUCCUCUGUGCAAAUAUCAGUGUAUCAUAAGCCAAACUGUAAAGACAGUAUAGUGUUUCAAUUCUUCAAAACAAAGGCAGAGGGAAAGGGCAGAAAAUACAAGCUGAAUUUUGUUUUGUUUCAUUGGUAAUUGUUUAAAAUAACUUUACCUCACAUCCUAUUAUUGGUUAUCAUUUAUACUGUUAUCUAUACUGAUAUCCUAUCCACAUGUAUUUGUAUGGUGGUUUAACAGUAAUUUUUGGAGCUUGCUGACAGUGCUGCAGAUUGGGACAACGUCACAGAAUCUUCCCUCACUGUUGCUCCCUCUAUGUCGCUGGGGAGAGAGUUGAGGGUUGAGGGGGUGGUGGUGUCAGCUCUUCCUUGACGUAUUUUCCCACGGUUUCAUCACGUGACCCAGUGCCUCUGAGAGCCACACCCCCAUCCUCCUGCCAUUGGUGGCUGGACACCCAUCCCCAUGGGGGACUGCUUUCCAACAGCCAACAGGAAAGUGAAAAGUUGGUCUUAACAAUCAGCCAAUAUGCUAAUAAGCAAAAUAGUAAUUGACGACAGGAAAGGGAGGAAGAAACGUAUGAGUUUUAAAGCCCGGAUGAUAACCUCCCAGGUUUGUUUGCAACAUUGUCCUGAAAGUGUAUCAUUCAUUCAUGGAGACUCCAGGCCAUUCCUGUGGAAUAGGCUGACCUAAGGUCAGGAUAUGUACAGCAACACCGAUGUUAUCGUUUGCCCUUUUUGCUCAACAAAAGUUUUGAUGAGGCUGUGUAUUUAUGUUAAUCAUUCUGAGCUGUAAUUAAACCAAA